AUGAACAAAGGAUUAUCAAUUCAUCAAAAAUAUUGGAUAAAUUGGAUUGGUUCGAAUCCAAUUUCAUUAUUAGAUUUACCGUUGUCCCUCUUGCAAAAAAGUUUUGCGCACCAUGAAUUUCAAACAGAGUUGCAAUUAGAUAAUGAGAUUUUUGUCUUUUUAAAAGAAAAGAAACGAAAACGGAAUGCAGCUGAAGAGAAGGAAAACAAUCUACCACAAACAAAAAUGAAGCCUUCUGAAGUAAUUUCUUUGCCAACGAUUGUUAACAAUAUUUUACCAAAUCUGACUUAUCUUAAUUUGCGUAAUAAGUCAAAUUCAUGUACUGAAUCUACAGAAUUACGGUUUCCUGAUGAGAUUGUAAAUUGGGCAGGAUUUGAACAAGGAGUGCUAGCGUUGCAACCGGAGGUAGAUACGGUACCAAAAACCAACAUUUAG